ACAAAAUGGACAAAAUACUGUUUACUAUUAUUCCUUCUUGCUCACCGUCAGGAUGCCCUCGGGAGUGUCGACCCCGGUCUCUCCAACCGCGACGCUUUCCACUCCUCCAUCGCCCAAACUCAACGCAAAGCGCGACUUGCAGCAAGCUGUCAAGAGCGCGCUGAUUUCUGCGUCCACCGCGGUCGAAUUCAUCGCGUCUAGGGCGAGUUCCAGCUCUUCGGUCUUCAUCUAUGAUGUUGCAGAACACAUCGGGUUUGGGACCUUCACAAAGGAGUGGGCGGGCUCGUCGGACGACGUCGCUUCCGUCGUCAGUCUGCAAACGCGUGCCGGAACAGGGUUAAGCUUGGUAGGCAGACUGUCCCAAGGAACAAGCAAGGAUGCUGCCAACGGCGCGGUCCUCACGGCCUACACGACGCCGUCGGGGCUCGCCAUGAUGGUCCAGUCGCUGACCUAUCUUCCCCCAUCCACCCCCGACAGCAGGCUCAUCAUCCAAGUGCCCGCCGUGACGCCCGUUGGCGAGAGCUUUGCGUUAUCCCCGACCCUUGCGCCGCUUACGCCCGCACUCGCCAUCCUUCCGGACGACUUCACCGUGCUCCUUUCCGCGACCCCGCGCGAGACCGUUGACUUCGCUGCGCUCGCCUACAAGUUGACCGACAGCCAUGUCAUCCAUCUCUUCGACCACCAUGGCGCGGCACGCGAGAGCGGCCAUACUAUUGCCCCUGCCCUGCCUUCCCAGGAGCCCGGUUUGACCGCGAAGGACGGACUGAAGAAGGCUGGCUACGAUGCCUUCGAGUAUGCUGGGGACAAGGACGCGAGCACCGUGGUCGUGAUCCUGAACGGCCCGCUUGCUUUGACAGCAAAGGCAGUCGCUGCGAAGACCGCUGGACUGGCUAUUGUAGUUGUCAAGAUGCUUCGCCCUUGGGACGAGGAGGCAUUGCGCGAGGUUCUGCCCCUGGCCGCGAGAAACAUCCACGUCUUCGAUGACGUCCCCGCGGAGACCACCCAGGGCUCGUUGUACAUGGACGUCUUCUCGUCCGUGCUUGACCCACUCAGCCCCGGCCCUAACGUCAGGUCGCACCGUAUCGUGCCCACACGUACGCAAGAGUUCCUCGAUAUACCCUUGCUCUUCACGUCCUAUCUCUGCGGCCUCGUCUCGACGGCAGCUCCGGCGUCCAUCGAUGUGCCGAACACUAAGAAAGUCCUUUUCUUCAGCACGCCCGGUUCCCCUCUCGCUUCUCUGGCACGUUCCGUGGAGCAGACGUUCGUCUCGUUCAAUUCAAUCUCGUCGCGUCUUCUGAGGGGCCACGACGUGUGCUCCAAGCCUGGAGGCCUCACCGCAGACAGACUCGUCCUCGCUCCCAAGGAUGAGAACGCCGCUUUCCUCCCCGCGUCCGUGACGCUCCCUCUCACACCUGACAGCAAAGGAGAAGCAAACUUCGUAGCUGUCCUGGAUCAGGGUUUACUGAAGUCCCAUGAAAUUAUCGCCCAUGCCGCUCCGGGCUCGCCCGUGCUGAUUUCCACAACCUGGAGCGCGGCCGAGUUGCUCUCAAGUCUUCCUCCUUCCGUCGUUGCGCUCAUCCACGAAAGGGACCUCCACGUGUGCAUCGUCAACCCACUCAGCCUUGUCGAGGAAGUGACCGGUGGUGACGCUUCCGAGGCGUUGCAGGUUGUAGUGCUGCAGGCUGCGUUCCUGCGGUUGUACCUCGGGCUGGCAGCACGCGAAGAAGCCGUUUUCAAGCUCCUGCGUAAGGCUGUCGGCGACACAGUGCAAGGUGUUCCGCUCCAGCAGGUUAUUAGUGCUACGUGGGAUGGACUUGUCGAAGUCGAGAUCCCUGCACCUCAAGAACUCUCUGCGGAGGAUGCAACAGAGGUGAAGCCGCUCAAGCAUUUUACCUUCAACGCCAUCUCUGUCGAGACCUCCGAAGGCGAGGUCGUGAAUGGCGCACGCCUCGGCUCCUGGCACGACGCGGCGAAACAUAUCAUCUUCCCCUCCGCCUUCACGCCGCAGGACGCGCAGGUCCCGUCCGACGACGAAUACGCGCAGAACCCCUCACUACGCCCGGAGGUGCCCGAGCGGACGUACCUCGUCACCUGCACGGUCAACCGCCGCCUGACGCCGCUCGACUACGACCGCAACGUCUUCCACAUCGAGUUCGACACCCGCGGGACCGGGCUCAAGUACGAGAUCGGCGAGGCACUCGGUGUACACGGGUGGAACGACGCGGACGAGGUGCUCGACUUCUGCCGCUGGUACGGCGCCGACCCCAACAAGCUCAUCACCAUCGCCGUCCCGAACACGGACGGUACGCGCAUGCACACCCGCACGGUCUUCCAGGCGCUCCAGCAGCAGAUCGACCUGUUUGGCAAGCCGGGUAAGACGUUCUAUACGGAGCUGGCGGAGUAUGCGACGAACAAGGCGGACCAGUACUCGCUGAGGUUCAUUGGCAGCCCUGAGGGCAGCGCGACGUUCAAGAAGUUGAACGAGAAGGAUACGGUGACGUUCGCAGAUAUUAUGAGGCGUUAUGAGACUGCACGCCCGGGCAUCGAGGUUCUCUGCGAGCUCAUCGGCGACAUCAAGCCGAGGCACUACAGUAUUGCGAGUGCGCAGGCUGUCGUCGGUGAUCAGGUUGACCUUUUGGUAGUCAGCGUUGACUGGGUCACCCCUAGUGGCACCCCUCGUUAUGGCCAGUGUACGAGGUACCUCGCUGAUUUAAAGCCCGGGCAAAAGGUCACCGUAUCAUUGAGGCCUAGCGUCAUGAAGCUUCCCCCCGACAACAUGCAGCCGAUCGUCAUGGCUGGUCUGGGCACUGGCGCCGCUCCUUUCCGUGCCUUCCUGCAGUACAGAGCCUGGCUCAAGUCGCAGUCCAUCCCCGUCGGACCCACGUACUACUACUUCGGCUCCCGCCAUCGCUCUCAGGAGUACCUCUAUGGCGAGGAACUCGAGGCCUUCAUAGACGACGGAAUCAUCACCAAGGCCGGACUCGCGUUCUCUCGUGACGGCCCGCGGAAGGUGUACAUUCAGCACAAGAUGAAGGAGGACGCGGAUGUCCUUGCCAAGAUGCUCUGGGAAGAGCAGGGUGCGUUCUACUUGUGCGGACCGACGUGGCCCGUCCCGGAUGUCUACGAGGCGCUGGUCGAGGCGUUAAUGAGACAUACUGGCCAAGAUGCCACGCAGGCGGGCGUCUUCUUGGAGGGCUUGAAGGAGGAGGAACGUUAUGUGCUGGAGGUAUACUGAUUGUUUACGACGAGUGUCAUCGGUCGUAUAUGAUUCAGCAUGAUAGAGUACAGUGGGUUGUGUACAUUGCUACGUCCGUCAAUGCUCUGAAACAUCAAUCUCGGAGUGUGUUGAACAAGCGAUCUCCCU